GCAGAAAUGGCGGAUCCGCAGGAAAAAUGGGUGAGCGACGAUGUGCGAACAUACUCAUAUCUUCUCCUCUACAUUGCUCUCUCUAGUGGCCAGAUCUUCUUCAACAAGUGGGUUUUAUCUUCAAAAGAAAUCAACUUUCCCUAUCCACUUGGAUUGACUCUGCUUCACAUGGUCUUCUCCUCAAUUCUAUGUUUUGUGCUUACCAAGGUUCUCAAGAUAAUGAAAGUUGAGGAAGGGAUGACUCUAGAUAUAUACUUUAGUUCGGUCAUACCAAUUGGUGCAAUGUUUGCAAUGACACUUUGGCUUGGGAACACUGCUUACCUCUAUAUUUCUGUUUCAUUUGCCCAGAUGUUGAAAGCAAUCAUGCCAGUAGCAGUUUUUAUUCUGGGGGUUGCAGCUGGACUCGAAGUGAUGAGCUGCAGAAUGCUUCUCAUAAUGUCAAUAAUCAGUUUUGGUGUACUUGUGGCUUCUUAUGGGGAAAUAGAUAUUAACUGGGUAGGUGUUGUCUAUCAAAUGGGAGGUGUUGUUGGAGAAGCUCUGAGGCUUAUAUUUAUGGAGAUUCUGGUGAAACGGAAGGGCCUGAAGCUCAAUCCCAUAUCUGUGAUGUACUAUGUUAGCCCAUGCAGUGCUCUUUGUCUUUUAAUUCCAUGGAUCUUUUUGGAGAAACCUAAGAUGGAUGAACAGAGGACAUGGAACUUUCAACCUCUUAUUCUAACUCUAAAUUCUCUAUGUACCUUUGCCCUGAAUCUGUCAGUUUUUCUGGUGAUUCAACAUACAAGUGCCCUGACAAUUCGUGUUGCUGGAGUGGUCAAAGAUUGGGUGGUUGUGCUGCUAUCUGCACUACUUUUUGCUGAUACAAAAUUGACACUAAUUAAUCUUUUUGGUUAUGCCACUGCUAUUGCAGGUGUAGCCGCAUAUAAUAAUCACAAGCUAAAAAAGCCAACUUCCCGAGCAAGCUCAAACGAGUCUGAACCCAGUCAAUCUAUACCUUUAAUACAAUCGUCAAAUUCCAAUGAGUAGAUAGAUGUAUGUGAAGAGCAGCCUCAAAUUUUGUCCUGAGGUCUUGCGUGUAAAUGAUGGGAAGUGUUAAAGUCCCUGUGUUUCCACGGGAGUGCUUUUCAAAUUAUGCAUUAUUUGACAUACUAACUCAAGAUUUUGCUUUAUGAGAAGCCAUAGCAAAACACAGUGAUAUUUGACUCGGAAGCAUUCUUGUGGACGCGACCUUUUUCUGAUUGCUGCUUCUGCUUUUGAAUUUGGAGGAUUUUUGUUAUACAUGUGAUGAUAAGAAACAAAAAAAGUUAUACUUGUAUGACGUAGAGAAUUCGGAACCUUGUUCUGCACAGCAAAAAGGGCUGGACAGACAUCAAAAGAUGCUGACAGUUGACAUACUACAGUGUAUUGUGGACAUUUUGAAUUUCAACACUUUUUGGAUGAAAUUCUUUUAUAUACAAGGAUGUUGGUGUCUAA